AUGAAUAAGUCGCUAGAGGACCGUCAACCAGGAGCGUCAUUGACGGCUCCAACUUCCUCUCCUUCUAAGGACCAGCAAGAGUUCCUAUAUCCUAAUCAUAUGCGAGCCGCUGACUUGUUAAGGUUACUCGGAGGUGAACGAUCCUGGUCCGAAAGUGAAAUCCAGAUCGAUCUGAAUGUCUUGGAGCUUAAUCGAUUGAGGACUGUGAGAGAUUUGAGAAGUCUGUCCGAAAAGAGCUGGGAAAAAAUCCAAUUACUUCCUCUUGUAAAGGAUCUGUUGACAGAUGCUAUAAGAUCUUGUGAACAAAGCGCCGGAUCUCAAGAAAUCCAAAUAAAGGUGCGAUAUACCGAGCGCACGAUUACGACACCCAUUGUUCGUAAAAUGACCAUAGCGAGGAAUAUCACGUUAGAGCAUUUCAAGCUCAAGUUAGCAACGAAUUAUAAUUUCAGUGUCGAUAAGGAACUCGAAUACUCUUAUUGCGAUGAAGAUGGGGAUAGGGUUAUCCUAUCAUAUGACGAAGAACUCACUCAGACUCUAGCCGACAAGACGUAUUUAGUUCUUGACGUGAAAGCAACUGGUGUUGACUAUACUUUCUGUUAUCCCGAAAUUCCACGAAAAUACGACACCCAAGUCUGUAAAGUCUUGAUUCCAUCCCAGUAUUUAACACUUGAAAAUUCCAGCAACGGGCCUGUAUGGGGAACCGAUAUCUAUACAACUGACUCGGCCUUUCUCAAAGCUCUUGUCCACUCGGGACUGAUUGAAGUGAACAAUACCCCACCGAGUUACGAUGUUCUUGUUACGGUUCAAUACUUGCCAGGCCGCGUAGGUUAUAGCGGUAGUAAGCGCCACGGUAUUUCCUCCCGUAGUUGGGGUAAAUACGAAUCCAGCAUGACAUUCAAGGCUAUAGAAAAGAUCCCCUACGUUGAAAAGGCGUAA